AUGAAUCGCCGAUUCCAUAGAAAAUCGAGGAAGGGAUGUUUGCAGUGCAAAUCAAGACAUAUCAAGUGUGAUGAAACCCAUCCAGAAUGUGUCAAUUGCAAAACAGCGAGUCACACAUGCUCCUAUAAGAUUACUGGAAGCGACAAUACCAGCAAAGUCACGACCACAGAAUCAACAUCCACCAAUUCACCAACUCCAACUUUCCAGGGUGACCCACAAAUACCACAUGGGCCCUUAUUGCAACCGGAACCUCCAUCAUUACUUCCAUCACCACCUCAGUCAUAUGUGAACUUCACACAUAUAGAGUUGUUUCAACAUUGUUUUGAAGAUCGAAGCUUUCUGUGGGAUGGGCAAUUUCGAGAUCACACUCCCGUGAUAAUGAAACAUGCUCACAGGGCCCCAUUCCUCAUGUACGAGCUUCUUGCUUGCUCAGCACUGCAUUUGAGUAUCGUUCGUCCUGACAAAUUUCAAUUUUAUCACGAUGAAUCUACGAUAUUGCAAGAGCAAUCAAUCAAAAUGUUUAACGAAUCGGUACAAGAGGUGAAUGAAGAGAACUUGAUCCCGACCUUUGUGUAUUCCGGAAUUUUAGGACUCCAUUUCUUUGUGGAUACAUUCUCUAUGCCUGGUUCGGACUUGGAUCAAUUCAUUGAUAAACUAGUUCAAGCUAUCAAACUAAUGCGUGGAGUUCGAGUUUGCUUUAUUGGGUGGUGGGAUGUUUUAAAGGAAUGUGAGAUUCGUGAACUAUUGCAGUUUGGCCAUGGAGAUAUGGAGCACACUGAUGAAUUUGUGGAACAUCUUCUCGCACUUGAAGAAAAGCUACCUGGGAUUCCUGGUAUGGAGGAAGCGGAACUCGAGGUGUUGCAUGGUGCUAUACAUCAGUUAAAAUGGGUGCAUGUAUCAAGUCUCUUUGACAUUCAUAAAGGAUCUCCGCGUCCUAGAAUGAUCACCACAUGGCCAAUAACGCUGGCAGAGGAAUAUACGGAUCUGCUCGAUCAAAGAACGCCCGGAGCAUUGAUUGUACUAGCGCAUUUCAGUAUUUUGCUAUACGCUUGUAAAGAGUACUGGGCAGUCAGAAAUGCUGGGAGAUUUCUGUUGACGGUAGUCGAAACGUAUCUUGGUAGAGAUUGGGAAUCAUGGUUGGAAUGGCCUAGAUCGAAAGUUCCCGAAAGUGUUUGA